CGCAAGGGGAGAGAAAGCGCGGCUGCAGAUCAGACUCUUUGUUAUUUUACGCACUGAUCUCCAGUCUCCACAGACCUCAAAUCACACUAGAGCUGAGAUGUCGCCGACCCCCGCCUUCUGACAGAAGUCCGCUCGCUGUGUGAUCGUGAAGUGUGUGUUGCAUGUUUAUUCGGAUGCGCUGGUGAAAGAUCGACUGCGCUGUAUGGUGCGUCUGCCAUCUGGACACACACCGCUAGCUCGCUAGCAUCAGGCUAGCUGAAAAUUAUCAAAACAUAAGUGACUGAGGAGGAAUAAAAUCCCGUUUCCAUGGACAACACGUCCAUCAUUACCCAGGUAGCAAAUCCAAAGGAGGAAGAGAUCCUUUCUUCUUGUCAAGAAAAAGUCUCCCAGUCCAACAGCAGUUUAAAGAAACACAGGAACAGAAGUAUCUUUAGUCCCUUCUUCUGCUGUUUCCGGGACUAUAAUGUGGAACCACCAGCCACCAACAACAAGACCUGCUCCCUCCCUCCACCUGCCGAGGAGAACAGCAGCCCUCCAAAGCCUCCAGCCGAAUACCUCUUGCCUGAGGUCAGCAUUAAUGAUUACAGCAAGAACUGUGUGGUCAUUGACCUGGACGAGACCCUCGUGCACAGCUCCUUCAAGCCCAUCAGCAACGCAGACUUUAUAGUCCCUGUGGAGAUUGACGGAACAGUUCAUCAGGUCUACGUGCUGAAGAGGCCUCACGUGGAUGAGUUUCUGCAGAAACUUGGAGAACUGUUUGAAUGUGUUCUUUUUACAGCCAGCUUGGCUAAGUAUGCUGACCCUGUAGCAGACCUGUUGGACCGGUGGGGCGUGUUCAGGGCACGGCUCUUCAGGGAAUCUUGUGUGUUCCACCGGGGGAACUACGUCAAAGACCUCAGCCGUCUGGGCCGAGAGCUCAACAAAGUCAUCAUAGUGGACAACUCACCUGCCUCUUACAUCUUCCAUCCAGAAAACGCAGUGCCGGUGCAGUCGUGGUUUGAUGACAUGACAGACACUGAGCUGCUGGAUUUACUGCCACUGUUUGAAGGCCUGAGCAAAGAGACAGACGUUUACAGUGUGUUACAGAGCCUGAGGGCCAGGUAGCAUACGGGUCCAGCACUGCCUUGCAAACACGAACACCCUCUCCAACCAUCUCAGGCUGAGCCAUCGUUCGGCUCUGGCCUCUAGAAGAGACCACUCACCCAACGAACACUACUCCUUCUCCCUCAUUGGACCAACUGCCUAAAUAAUUCCUCGGCAAGCAAAUACAUACACUCGGUUUAUUUCAACUUUUGAUGCAGAAUGAAGAAAACAAAGCAUUGUUUUAUAAGAGAAAAACAAGAGUUUACUAUCCUUCAGUAUGUUUACCAGGAAAAAAAACAAGACGUGUUAUUUGUCUGGACAGGCGUGAAAACACAUUUUUUUUUUCUUUUUCCUGUUCAGGCUAUGCAGGCAGUCUUUUUUGUGGCGUAAUCGGUAGUUCCAACAACUGUGAUUUAUUUUUUUUCUCGUACCAAACAAAGUGC